CUGCUCAUAAGCACUACGAGCCCCAUUCUCUUUUGACAGGUCUUCCGCCGAAAUGACGGAGGAAGAAGUGGACGACGGAACAUGUGUGGGGAGGAAACGAUAAUUUGUCCGCGGAUUUAGGGUAAGGAUAGAUUAAGGACAAAACUCCAAGGUUGGAGAUUACAUAUCAACAAUUGAGAUGGAAGGAGUCGAUAUAAGGUUUGUGAAGUUGGAGUUGGAGAAGAGGAGAAGCCCCUCUUCUGCUCGGCUGAGUCCACUGCGGGUCUUCCUACUUUGGUUAUCACGUGGAUCUCACUCAACCUCGCACCUCUUGGUCUGGGCUCAAAUAAUCAGACGGGUGGGAUGCCUCUUCAGUCUUUCAGCUGUGAACGGUUUGUAUGUGGGUAUAUAUCCAUUACUCAGCACGAACCUCGACGGUGCGUACCCCAAUUGCAAAGCACAUACCCCAGCACGCACUCACUGUACGGCCAGUAGCCAAGAAGAAUUUUCAUCAUGGAGGACAGCUUCCAUUCAUGUUCUAGAUUAUAUUUACUCUUAUUCUUUUUCCGCGCUUGAUUUAUACAGAAACUGAUAAUAAAAUAAAGAAAUGCGGUUCUGCUAAACCUUUUCAUAUUUUUGACCAAUGUGUUCCAGAGCAGUUUUCAUUUUCAUAAGUCAGA